AAAUAAAUUGAAAAAUCCAACAGAACAUGCUUCAAUUUAAUUAUUAUUGACAGUCCUGUGCUGUGUUUUAUCUCACAUCCAUUUGUGCAUACCCACUCGCGGAGACUGACUGAUGGAGGAAUCCCUCGACAUUCACCACCUCCUCUUCUCUCGCUCUACUUAACCUCUCUGCUUCCCCUCUCAUUCUCUCUGCACAGUCGGGGACGUCAUCCCUUUUGCCUACCAGGCAGAUAUGCUGAUCCAGCUUCAUUAGAAACUUAAUUCUCCCUCCCUCCUGGCCUCUUACGACUUCUUUCAAUCACCGUACCUUCUGAGCUGUGGCUUGACCUGUCAACCGCGUCAAUAUGCCUACUCUGCUGUCCUGCUUUCGGCGUCAUCGGCGUCGUGAUGUCUCCAAUGACUUAGCUGCCUUUCCGGUCCGUCAGCUCUUCGUCUUGGCUCUCUGUCGAAUCUGCGAGCCAAUUGCUUUCAUGUCCAUAUUUCCCUAUGUCUACCACAUGGUGGAAGACUUCCAUGUGGCGGACAGUGAUGAUAAGAUCGCCUUGUAUGCUGGCAUGAUCACCUCCUCCUUCACUUUUGCAGAGUUCUCUGCAGGCAUGUUCUGGGGCCGCAUGAGCGAUAGGAUGGGCAGGAAGCCCGUUCUCAUCAUGGGUCUCAUUGGAACUGCCAUCAGCAUGAUCGUCUUCGGCUUUUCCCCCAACCUGCCCACGGCCAUGAUCGCCCGCGCCUUGGGGGGUCUGUUGAAUGGGAAUAUCGGUGUCUUGCAGACCACCGUAGCUGAGAUCGUCACCGUCAAGGAGCACCAGCCUCGCGCUUAUUCCAUCAUGCCGUUCGUCUGGUGUUUGGGAUCGAUUCUGGGACCAGCCAUGGGAGGUGCUUUGGCCCAACCGUGCCAGAGCUAUCCCUCCCUGUUCCCGAAGGGCACCAUCUUCGAUUGCUUCCCCUUCUUAUUACCCAACCUGGUCUGCGUAGUCGUUCUGCUAGCGGGAGUUGUAGUGGGUCUUCUGUUCCUUGAAGAGACGCAUCCCGACAAGAAACACCGUCGUGACCCUGGUCUGGAGUUGGGGAAUUGGCUGGUUGGAAAAUUCGGUCCCUCUCGGGUCCGGCUGGUCGAUGGCGUCGAAAAGAAACAACCGCGCGAUCUGUCGCCGUCUCCGGAGUACGAAAGAGUCGAGUCAUCUCCCGUUCUCUACCCAGCCAAAGAUUCAGACACAGUCUCCGAUGAGGAUGAUCUCGAGGGACAAAUAAGGAGUAGGGGAUGCGGUCUGCAAAAGGCCUUCACAAAGCAAGUGGUCUUUAACAUCAUUGCAUAUGGGAUCCUUGCCUAUCAUAGUGUCUCCUUCGACCAGCUCAUGCCCGUCUUCCUGAGCACCCCCAAAUCAAAUAGUGAGGCUGUUCUCCCAUUUAAAUUCACCGGAGGCCUUGGGUUGCAGACCAAGACGGUUGGCUUCAUGUUGGCCGUGCAGGGGGUGUAUUCCAUGGUCGCCCAACUCUGGCUCUUCCCCUUCGUCGUCCGAGUCUUUGGCACACUCCGGACCUUUCGCUUUGUGCUUCUAAUCUGGCCACCACUCUACAUCGCGGUGCCCUAUCUUAUUCUUCUCCCAGCGUCGCUUCAGAUACCAGCUGCCUACGCUGUAUUGAUCGGCAAGAUCACAUUACACGUGAUCAGCUUUCCCGCGACUGCCAUCCUCCUUGCCAACGCGGCCCCGUCGUCUAAAGUCCUAGGCUCUAUCAACGGAGCUGCUGCCUCGACAGCCAGCCUGAGUCGCGCCUUCGGACCAACCGUCACCGGGUUCUUGCACUCCAAAGGCCUCCAGAGUGGGUAUUCCGUUCUUGCGUGGUGGGCAUGUGCACUCGUUUGCCUGAUCGGUGCCAUCGAGAGCUUCUGGAUGGAAGAGACAGAUGCAAAGAGACCUAGCAGCGGAGAGAAACUAGGAGAUGACGAAUUGACUACCGGAAGAGAUCAACAUCGCAGGUCGUUUUCGACGGCGGGCCGUCCGAGAGAGUGUAUAUCCGAGGAAGAACGAAGACUGCUUUCGCCGACACAAUCAAGCAUGGAUGAUGAACUUGGCAUCGACGACUUGGAUCUUUCCGCCACCGAUGAGGGUGCGACCAGGAGGUCGUCCCAUGAGGAGGCCUGAGUCCCCUGGAAACCCUUCUUCCUCUUUGUUUCCAACCGACUGGGAGAGGGCAAACAUCAUUCAAUUCUUUUUCACGCUUUACUGACUUUCUUUUAUACCCCCUUUUCAUGUUUGCUUCGUUAUGUCCAUCAGGGAAGCUCUGGGUCUCCAUUCGCCUCUUAUUUUAAUCAUUUGCAUUUCGUUGAAGUCCAGACCAUCCAACGCCUACCAUCUGAAUCUGGAUUGUAAUUCUUCUGGAUACACGCCAUUGGACAAGAAUCGCACAUUUAAAGGGAACGGAAUUUUAGGGAAACAGGACAUUCAUCAAUAAUAUCAGGUAAAAUCAUACGCAUUGGGAGGCUAUCUGUUUCUAUCAUGGUUGUUUUUUUUGUUCUUACUGGGUGGCCAUCUGUCUGUUGUCAGCCUCAUUUAGUUGUUUUUUCUUUUCUUUGCUAUUGUUCCGUUUGUAUAGUUGCAUUGUUCAUCAUUUUAUAUCGAAUUGAUAGAAGGAGGGCAUAAGCGAUGGGCAUAUGAAUUUUCAGGGAGGUCUCUGUGUUUUCAGAACAGUUCAGUUGUCUAGCUUUUAUUAUCGCGGAAUUUAGAGUUGAUCCUAGGGCUUUGAGAUCAGAAAAAUUCGAAAG